UAUCAUAACUUAGAUGUCAGGAUUUAGAAUGGUAGCAAUUUAUCUAAAUGGAUUUAAAUGGUGGAAAUAACACAAGUUGUAUGUCUUAACAAACACAUGUUAUCUUUAAUAAUAACAGAUAAUGAAAAAGUAAUUCUUGGUAAGAUAUUAUAACUGAUUAUCAAGAUAUGGAUAUGCACUUGUAGCAAGAUAUAGUUCACAUAUAAAGUUAGCGUUUUUUAAAGUUUGAAACAAGCAGGAUAAAUAUGGUUCAAUCAAAGUAGAAGUGAAAUUCGAAUGAAUAAUAUUACGCUUCGAUUUCAUAACGAUAUGCUGAGUCUAAGUUCAUUGAGUAUACAGUCAUACCUUAAAGUUGAAAUAUUAUCUUACUGUGCCUUAUGGAGUAAAGGAGGAUCGAGUAGAACUUUGUGUUUGCAAACACGGAAGCAUCGGUCUUUGGGCGCGCAGACUACAGCUGAUCUGAGCAGAGCGGGAGCUGCGUAGCACAUCCAGCUGAUCUGUGUAGAGCGGGUGACGUCACCAAGUUCCGACAAGUUCACGGAGAUAGUUGCAGCGCUGUUGCUAAUCCAAUGGUUUAUCAGGUUACAGGUUGAAAUAAUAAAUGUAACAUAUAAGUUCCCAAACACUGUUCAGAUGUCACACUAAAGAGGAGGUAUAAGGUUUGUAGAAUUAGUACUGAAAUGGUAAUGAAAAUUUUAGGCUUUAAAUAGAUAAUAGAAAAUAUAGGGAGCAGCAGUACUUCCCUCAGUGAUCCAAUAAUCAAGCAAUGAACACUGGAAGUGAUGAUCUUAAAUAGGGUGUAGGAAUGGGGAGGAGAUUUGACUUAAAGGCAACGUUUAGAAGUCAAAUCCUGACACUCGGGCUGGUUCGGCGUUCUCCAGUUCCUGGGAACUUGGACUAUGUCCUUUUACUAGGACUAAUUGACCUGGUCAUGGUUGUCCAGGUUUUCUGAGUGUGGAUGCUCAUUGGGCUUGACUUACACCUUGAUGGUUUGUUUCCCUUGGUCGGCUUGCUGUAGUAACCUUAUGGAUUCACUGCUCUGUAGGUGAAUGGGUUUGCAGUGUCUCUGCUGCAGCUAUUGCACAUUGGAUGUGUGUUUGCAAGCUAAUUGUUUUCUUCUGGCACCUUUUCACCCUGAUAUUUCUUCUACUGUUCCUUCUUCCUCGACAGAAUGACUGGGGGAUGAGGGAAGUGGGGGGAGUAUUUAAGCCUUUGGCUGGGGUGUCUUUGCCUCCUCCUGGUGGCCAGGUUCUUAUUUACCAAAAGUAAUGAAUGCGCUGUGGACUCUUUCCCACGGAAGAAAAUUAAAUUAUCAGGUAAGCAUAAUUUAUGUUAUUUAAGGUUUAACUGUAACACCCUCAGGGCCAACUGUACUAAAUGCUUGUGCUGAAUCAAUAGCACAUAUUUAAUAACCUAAACAGCUGAUCUGUAUCACAUGAAUUGUUAUGCGUGCCUUUAAUUAUACCAUACGUACAGUUAAUCAGAACCAUUAUUUAUUAUUAUCUAUCUAAACCAUUUAAUAUACUUUUUAUAGGCACGGCCAGAGCACUGAGAUAUAUCAGGUUUUGAUGUUACUGGAGUGAAUAAGGGAACCUUCUUCCUGAGCACAGACAUUGGAGCCUGUUAUCAGCAUGAACUCAUAUGUGUUAGACAAACACAUGAAUAGUUCAUAUCCAACCUUCACUAGAGGAAGCAUCAGAAUGAUACUACAAACUCCAAAAGUAUUAGACACUAAUGACUAUUCACAAACAUUGGGGAAAUCACAGCAGACAUUUAAAGAAGAUGGUGAAUUGGCAGGAACUGGGCAGCAAUCAUUAUGUACAGAGAGUAAUUUAGUCAUCAAACAAGAGGAUAACAUUGAUGCCUUAUCUAGUGAAAUGAUUAUCCCAGAGGAUAAACCACACACAUUUACUGAGUGCUCAAAAUAUUUUAAGGAAUAUUUAAAAGAAGGGAAAAGUCUUAAGUUUAGCCAAAUGAUUCAUACAAAUAAGAAACCAUUCAAAUGUACAGAAUGUGAGAAAAGCUUCACAUGUAAUUUGCAUCUCCAUGAACACCACACAGUUGUGAAACCUCACACGUGUACAGAAUGUGGGAGAUGUUUCACAUCUAAACGAGGCCUUAUGUAUCACAAAAAGACCCACACAGGGGAGAAACCUUUCACAUGUAAUGAGUGUGGGAGAUGUUUCACAUUCAAGGGAAAUCUCAUAUCUCAUGAAAAGACCCACACAGGGGAGAAACCAUUCAUAUGUAUCAAGUGUGGACAAAGUUUCACUCAUAAGAUUAGUCUGAAAACUCAUGAAAUGAGCCACACAGGGGAAAAGCCUUUCACAUGUACAGAGUGUGGAAAAAGUUUUACACUAAAGAGAAGUCUGAAAAUUCAUGAAAGGAGUCACACAGGAGAAAAGCCUUUCACAUGUACAGAGUGUGGAAAAGGUUUUACAAUAAAGAGUAAUCUGAAAAAGCAUGAAAGGAUUCACACAGGAGAAAAACCUUUCACAUGUACAGAGUGUGGAAAGGGAUUUAUAGUAAAGGAGAAACUGAACAUUCAUGAAAGGAUUCACACAGGAGAAAAGCCUUUCACAUGUGCAGAGUGUGGAAAAAGGUUUACAGAAAAGUAUGAUCUGAAAACUCAUGAAAGGAGUCACACAGGAGAAAAACCUUUCACAUGUACAGAGUGUGAAAAAAGUUUUACACGAAUAGUUGAUCUGAAAGCUCAUGAAAGGAUUCACACAGGAGAAAAGCCUUUCACAUGCACAGAGUGUGGGAAAAGUUUUACACUAAAGAGAAGUCUGAAAAUUCAUGAAAGGAGUCACACAGGAGAAAAACCUUUCACAUGUACAGAGUGUGGAAAAGGUUUUACAGUAAAGAGUAAUCUGAAAUAUCAUGAAAGGAUUCACACAGGAGAAAAGCCUUUCACAUGUACAGAGUGUGGAAAAUGGUUUACAGACAAGAAUAGUCUGAAAAUUCAUGAAAGGAGUCACACAGGAGAAAAGCCUUUCACAUGUACAGAGUGUGGAAAAGGUUUUACAGAUAAGAGUCAUCUGAAAUAUCAUGAAAGGAUUCACACAGGAAAAAAGCCUUUCACAUGUACAGAGUGUGGAAAAGGUUUUACAGUAAAGAGUAAUCUGAAAUAUCAUGAAAGGAUUCACACAGGAGAAAAACCUUUCACAUGUACAGAGUGUGGAAAAAGUUUUACAGACAAGAAUAGUCUGAAAAUUCAUGAAAGGAGUCACACAGGAGAAAAGCCUUUCACAUGUACAGAGUGUGGAAAAGGUUUUACACAUGUGAGUAAUCUGAAAAAGCAUGAAAGGAGUCACACAGGAGAAAAACCUUUCACAUGUACAGAGUGUGGAAAGGGAUUUAGAGAAAAGGUGAAACUGAACAUUCAUGAAAGGAUUCACACAGGAGAAAAGCCUUUCACAUGUACAGAGUGUGGAAAAAGGUUUAGAGAAAAGUAUAUUCUGAAAACUCAUGAAAGGAGUCACACAGGAGAAAAACCUUUCACAUGUACAGAGUGCGGAAAAAGUUUUACACGAAUAGUUAAUCUGAAAUAUCAUGAAAGGAUUCACACUGGAGAAAAACCUUUCACAUGUACAGAGUGCGGAAAAAGUUUUACACAAAUGAGUAAUCUGAAAAAUCAUGAAAGGAUUCACACAGGAGAAAAAGCUUUCAUGUUUAUAAAGUGGAAAAAGGUAUCCCAUGCCAGUCAAGUAUCACAAAACAGUGGGGAAACCUUUUAAAAAUUAUUCUCUCUAAAUAGAAGAGUCAAAAAAGGAUCAUUACAUUUACAGAAUAAAGGAGUCUUUAUAUGAAUAGAGUGUUAGAGAAUUAUAUAAACAAGAACAUCAGUCUCAAAUGUUUAACAUCUGGGAGAUAUAUUUAAUGUGCACAUCAUGCGGAUAAACCUUUUCUUAUAGCAAUAGAUGCUUAGCAUUGUACAUGUUAUAUACCAGAGGAAUUACUGAGGGGGAACUGAUUUUAUUUCAUGAGACACAAUAUCAGUAACCGGUACAUACGUGAUCACAAUCAGUUUAAUUUAAAUGGCUACUAUAACCUACAUGUAUACUGGGUAUGUAAUAUGUGUGUCAUGUUCUGUAACUUGAUAUUAUGUCUGUUAGAUGUUUUCAUGUUAGAAGACACAAGAACUGAUAAUAGCACAUACUGUAUAUAUAAAGGGAACAUUAUAUGUCUGAUAAAUCCCUUUGUAUCAAGAGCAGAAGUGUUAGGUAUAUUUAUACCAUUGUGUGCAUAUAUUGUGUAAUGCUGCUGUUUACUAUAUAAUUAUAUACAAUGUUUUUUUUUCAUGCAAAUAAAAAGUGAUUGUAAUCCA